CAAAAGGUUUCAUUCUUCAAUUGGUGGAUGUUCAGCUCUUUCUUGGGUGCAUUAUUCGCGACAUUAGGGCUUGUCUACAUCCAAGAGAAUGUUGGGUGGGGUUUAGGUUAUGGUAUCCCUACAGUAGGACUCUUGGUUUCUCUCCUUGUGUUCUAUAUCGGCACACCAUUUUAUAGACAUAAGGUCAUCAAAUCAGACAAUUUGGCCAAAGAUUUGGUUAGAGUCCCUAUCAUGGCAUUCAAAAACCGAAAGCUUAAUUGUCCUAGUGACGUUUUGGAGCUUCAUGAGCUUGACUCACAUUAUUACAAAAGCACUGGGAAACAUCAAGUUCAUCACACUCCCAUAUUCAGGUUCUUGGAUAAAGCGGCCAUUAAGACAUGUUCGGGAGAGUUACCUUGUACGGUGACAAAAGUGGAAGUGGCAAAGCGUGUGUUAGGGCUUACCUUAAUAUGGCUUGUCACUUUAAUCCCAAGCACCUUAUGGGCACAAGUGAACACUCUCUUCGUCAAACAAGGAACCACCCUGGACAGAAAACUCGGAUCCCACUUCCAAAUCCCUGCGGCUUCGCUGGGAAGUUUUGUUACACUCUCAAUGCUUCUUUCAGUGCCAAUGUAUGACCAAUACUUUGUUCCCUUCAUGCGCAAGAAAACCGGAAAUCCCAGGGGGAUCACUAUACUCCAAAGGCUAGGGAUAGGGUUUGUGAUCCAAAUUGUUGCAAUCGCGGUUGCUUCAGCGGUCGAGGUCAAGAGGAUGCGAGUGAUAAAGGAAUUUCACAUAGCUAGCCCGAAAAAUGUUGUGCCUAUGAGCAUUUUCUGGUUGCUCCCUCAGUACUCACUUCUAGGCAUUGGGGAUGUGUUCAACGCGAUUGGUUUGCUUGAGUUUUUCUACGACCAGUCACCUGAGGAGAUGCAGAGCCUUGGAACGACGUUUUUUACGAGUGGGAUCGGUCUUGGGAACUUCUUGAAUAGCUUCUUGGUGACAAUGGUUGAUAAGAUCACGAGUAAAGGAGGAGGGAAGAGUUGGAUUGGGGAUAAUUUGAAUGAUUCAAGGCUAGAUUACUAUUAUGGGUUUCUAUUGGCGAUUUCGAUUGUCAACAUGGGUUUGUUCUUGUGGACAGCUAGCAAGUAUGUUUACAAGAGUGAUGAGAUCAAAGAGUUUAGUGGAGGAUGCGUUGAAAUGGAGGCCAAAGCCUUAGACACAUCACCUCUUACUAUCCAACUAUAAUAUGUGAUACAUGUAUAUAUGGUUUUCAAGAAAAUUUGCAAGUUGUGGUAUUCUGAUAACAUGAUAUGACGAAUAAAACUUUAGUGUUUAUUCUAAUCAAUCAAUUAAAAUUGGAAGAAUGAAGCAAUUA